GUGACAACGAUUAAUAAACCAACGCCAUUUCCGCGCCCAGCAGUUACUACUUCCUCCCACUCUCUCUCUCUCUCUCUCUUUCCCUCUCUCAUCUCUCUCCAUUUCACUUAUCAUCAUCACCAUUUUCUGCUACGGUUUUCAUUUUCACAUGGAAUGGAUCAAUAACUUCAACAACAACAACACCAAAAAGCAGAUCAAUCCAUAAUACGACUAAAGAUUCAUCUUCCUUCAAGAUUGAAACGAUUGCUAAGUGAUCUGUUUCCGUGUUGAAAUGGGGAAGAAAGGGAGUGGUUGGUUUUCGUCUGUGAAAAAGGUGUUCAAGCCUUCAAACAAAGAUCUCAAUGAGAAGAAUGGUUUUCGCAAGGAGAAUGUGGUGGAUAAACAUCAAGAAGACAAGCCCGAGGUUGUGUCUUUUGAGCAUUUUCCAGCAGAGAGUUCACCGGAUGUCACAAAUGAGGAAAGUGAUGGUGAUCGGUUGUCUCAGGCGGGUGAUGAUCAAGAUCAUGCUAUUGCGGUGGCGGUGGCCACCGCUGCCGCGGCGGAGGCGGCGGUUGCCGCUGCUCAGGCGGCAGCUAAAGUUGUUCGUCUCGCCGGUUAUGGCCGCCGGUCUAAGGAAGAAAGAGCUGCUAUCCUCAUACAAUCAUACUAUAGAGGAUAUUUAGCUAGACGUGCAUUACGAGCAUUAAAGGGACUAGUGAGGUUACAAGCCCUAGUAAGGGGCCAUAAUGUACGAAAACAAGCUCAAAUGACAAUGCGGUGUAUGCAAGCCUUGGUGCGUGUGCAAGCAAGAGUGCGGGCACGUAGACUUGAAUUAACACAUGAAAAGCUCCAAAAGAAAGUCGGGAAAGAUGAAAAGCUGAUAGUGUCACCAAAAACACGAGAAAACAUAAAUGAGAGCAUUGAAAAGAUUAAAGAAACUGCUUUGAGAAAACAUGAUGCCGAAAUGAAAAGAGAAAGGGCUCUUGCAUACGCGUUUGCAUACCAGCAAGAGAAACAACAACAUUUCAUACCAUCAGAAAGCGAUAACACGAUAUCAUAUCCCAAUGAUCAUGAAAAACAACAAUGGGGAUGGAACUGGCUCGAAAGUUGGAUGGCAUCACAACCCUACCAAGGCCACCCAAUAGGGCCCCAUGAUGGGUCCCACUUAACCCAACCCACAAGCGACAAUAUAUCAGUUAAAACAGUUGAAAUGGACCUAGUCACACCGGUGAGUUCCGAAUACAUCACUACGGGCCGACUCAGUGGUGAAACCGUCGACUCGGCCCAACACUCUCAAUCUCGACGCCAGUCAGGAUCAGACAUGAUUCCUAGCUAUAUGGCCCCAACCCAAUCAGCUAAAGCCAAGGUUCGAGCCCAGAACUCAGGAAAAAACAAAGGUCAGGCCACUAAAAAAUGGUUGGCCUUUGAUACAUCAAGUUCUGGGGGCAUUUUUCAGGCCCCCAGAAGCCCAAGCCCGAACCUUAAAGGAUAUGGCAAUGGGGCUAAUGGUGUUCGAGCUCAAUCUAAAUGGUCAACAGGUUAUAGCCCGGAUUCGAGUGGAGGUGAUGAUGGGUCAAUGGGUCGUUAUGGGUGGAGACACCAUUUUGGAUGAUGAUGAUGUUAUAGUGAUGGUAAUAAUAGUGAUUGUGUGAUAUUAUUUCCCUUUUAAAAGUUGUUAAUAUACGUUUACUUGUGGACACUUUUAAUUAUAUAAUUAUGUUUUUUUGGCUAAAACCGGGGCUAUUUGUUAUUGUUUAAUUGUAUGAGAUUUUGGUUUAUGGAAGUACGUUUAAUUGUAGGUUA